AUGGAGCAAAAGAGGAAUUACUCACAUCUCCCGGAUCUCGAGAGGGAGGGAGUGUUCAUCAAGAGCUUGCCUCAGCCACCAGAAGCGGACGCCAAGGCGUGGAAAGAGAAACUCCCGCCCAGCAAGCGAGUGUUCUUCCACCAAACGCUCAGUUCUGCUCGCCACUCUGCCGUCUUCCGAGAGUUUGGCAACACUCCCAGAGACUCUCUCGAUAUGGUGCUGGACUCCUGCUACAAUCACAGUGACGACUUGUGGCACACAAAGUCCCAGACACACGUUCAGCCCGAAACCUGUGGUCAAACGACAUUUCGCCGCCUACGAAACUCUGUGGAUUCACCAGCGCCGAAGUCUCAGCCUCUGAGUCAUCCACUCUGCAUUGGUGGCAUCACCGAGAGGAUCUCUCCGCACAGCGUCAAGCUGAUCCACAGCGGUCCCCACACGCCCCUCACGAAUCCAGGCUACUCGCGACAGACCAGCGACGGCAACUUCUUCAACUAUUAAAACACCCAAUAA